CGCCGCCUCUGAGGCGCAGUCAGCCGCUAGAAGACGAAGAAGGAAGCGGUGGGAAGCAAACUGAAGACAUGUUUGGACUCUUCGGGAAAAAUAAGCCCGUGAAGAUUAGGAGUUGCGGGGAAAACAAGAAGUAUGGAGUCGCGGCGAAAGACUUGAACGAGUUGCUUAAAAAGGCCUGCAAGCUCCUUCAGUUGCCAUCUUCUGGUGCGCACCUUUGUUUGUAUGCGGAUGGGACGCAAGUUACGGAGGAGUUCUUCCAAACUCUUCCAGACAACACUGACCUUGUUCUUCUCUGCAGAGGUCAGACAUGGAGUGGAGUUGUGUGCGACAUCGGCCAGCUGCUGAGCACAGACCGGCACGCCGACGGCCUCGUUGAAGCAGCAAAAGGGCUCCUCUCCGACGAGCGGUCUCAUAAAAGGCGUAAAAUCCUGACCGACCUGCUGCUCAACCUGGAGGACACAUCUGAGCUGGAGAGCAGAGAGGAGGAUGAAGGCUGGUUCGAAGGCAUCGACGCACGAUUCAAGACAAAGUCCGCCUACAUGAAGUUCAACUGCGAGAGCAGGAUACGAGGCUACAUGAAGGAGGUGGAUGCUGCCGCCAAGACUGUAGAGAAGGCGAAAGUCAGGGCGGAAGUUCUGAAAACAUCCAAACGCCUGGCGGAAAUGCUGAAGACGGCAAGGCACAACGGAUGCUACUUCGACAGGACUGAGAAGGAAGGAGAUCGCCUCUGUACUCGGGCUGGGUGGUUCACCUGCCAGGGAUCGUUUGAGCAGGAAGUGUGCCCAUCCCUCCACUCCAUCAACCCCUACGGCAGCCGAGAGAGCAGGAUCGUCUUCAGCACGUGGAAUCUGGACCACAGGAUUGAGAAGAAGAGGACGAUCAUCCCCGCUCUGCUGGAAGCUCUGCAGAGUCACAAGAGCUGCGACGUCAACCUGCUCUACUUCUACCGCCUGCUGUUCACCAGGGAGAACCUGAAGCUGGUCCACAUCGUGUGCCACAAGAAAGGAGCGCACCACCUGCUGUGCGACGCCGCAGAGAUUUUGAACACGGGCAAAGGACAACCCAAGGUCAAAAGCAAGAAGAGGCACUUGGUGUGAAUAUUUUUCCUUGGAGCCUCCUCCAUGUGGGAAGAACAGCAAGGUGACCUCGCCUUUUUUACCUCGCUUGAUUUGUUUUAUUUAUAUAUAUUCUGCUUUGUGAACGAGUGAAGCCUACAGAGCCUCGACACAGACGGGCGGUGCUUUGUUAGACAGACGUAAGUACACGUAAACAAACCAAGAAAUCAUGAAAAACAUUUAUUUUCGUCUUUGUUGGCACGAUGAUGUAAAAACGCAUGAACCUAUUACAACGCGGUGGCAUUCACUCAGAAAAGUUGCAUAGGAGUGAACAGCUCUAGUGCAAUUACCUCCGUCAGAUGACCAGAUAACAUUUAGUUGAAGUCGGGUUUAAGUUAUCACUUUCAUGCUGAAGACUUUUAUUAAUUAUUUUAGUCCAUGUUUUGUUUCUUUCCAAUACAUUUGACGUAUAGAAUUGUCGUGUUUGCAAAUCUGAACCAAACAGGAAUUUAUCAGGGAAACACAUUAGCUGCAUUGAGAUUUUUUUAAAUAUAUAUAUAAAAAUAAAAAAAAAAUGGGCAAAGAUGUGUUGAGGAUGAAUAUUAGACACUUGGUGAACAAUGACAUUCCUCUCAAACACUGAAUUUGAUAUUAAAAAUCUCUCAAUAGGGA